AUGGCCGACUCAGCUUCUGCCGGUGCUUCUCGUGGACGUGGAUUUGGACGUGGUCGUGGUCGUGGUGGACCCCGUGGCGGUCGUGGCCGUCGUGGAGAGGAGAAGAACGAGUGGGUUCCUGUUACCAAGCUCGGUCGUCUCGUCAAGGCUAACAAGAUCAAGUCUAUUGAAGAAAUCUAUCUCUUCUCUCUCCCCAUCAAGGAGUAUCAAAUCGUUGAUUACUUCCUUCCCAAGCUCACUGAUCAAGUCAUGAAGAUCAUGCCUGUUCAAAAGCAAACCACUGCCGGUCAACGUACUCGUUUCAAGGCUUUCGUUGUCAUUGGUGAUGAAAAUGGUCAUGUUGGUUUGGGUGUCAAGUGUGCCAAGGAAGUUGCUACUGCUAUCCGUGGUGGUAUCAUCCUUGCCAAGCUUGCCAUUAUCCCCGUCCGUCGUGGUUAUUGGGGUUCCAACCUUGGUGAGCCUCACACUGUCCCUUGUAAGGUCACUGGUCGUUGUGGUUCCGUUAUGGCUCGUUUGGUUCCCGCUCCCCGUGGUACUGGUAUCGUUGCCUCUCCCACUGCUAAGCGUGUUCUCCAAUUGGCUGGUGUCACUGACUGUUAUACCACUUCUCGUGGUUCUACCCGUACUCUCGGUAACUUUGUCAAGGCUACCUUCGCUGCCAUUGGUAACACUUACGGUUUCUUGACUCCUGACCUCUGGGAAGAGUCCGAAUUCGUUAAGGGUCCUUAUCAAGAGUUCUCUGACUUCCUUGCCCAAAAGCAAAGAAAGUAA